GUUUAGUGCUUCGUAUGAGUAACGCUAACGUGACAUUUUUUUUAUUGAAAGGAGUGGCCGAUGUAGCUAACGCCAACUAGCGUUUGCUAACUUGCUAGCUAGCAGCCGCAGACAGCUUUGUGGCGGGUUGCUGUGCGAAACGGGCUUCUGCCAGCAGAUCUUUCCUUCCGAUGAUAGUAACGUUAGCUGACCUCAGUUUAGAAACCUUUUUUAAAGGCAGAAUGUGUUCGUUAUUUUACCCUGCAAUUAAUUAUAAAUGGUGGGCGUUACGUUAUUGUGGUGAAAGCAGCUUGUAACGUAACUGUGGGGAAUAACACCGUCGAUCCCUUGCCACACGCAUUCUUCAACUCAACAAUCAAUUGAUUGUCGCAUACCCCCGGAUUUCCAGUCCAUCAGUCCCCAAAGAAAUAAAAACUAUGCAGAGGCCGGAUCUUAUUCAGAAGGCCAAGCUCGCCGAGCAGGCUGAGCGCUACGACGACAUGGCAAAUUGGAUGAAGGAGGUUACAGAGCAGGGAGAGGAGCUGUCAAACGAGGAGAGGAACCUGCUGUCCGUCGCCUACAAAAACGUGGUUGGGGCGAGGCGUUCCGCAUGGAGGGUAAUGUCCAGUAUUGGACAGAAGAACGAGGAGAGUGAAAGUAAGAGGCAGAUGGUCAAGGAGUAUCGGGAGAAGGUGGAAAAGGAGCUGCAAGAGAUCUGCGGCAACGUUCUGACACUGCUGGAGCAGUAUUUAAUUAAGGAAGCCUCAAAUGCCGAGAGCAAAGUCUUCUAUCUAAAGAUGAAGGGGGACUACUAUAGAUACCUCGCUGAAGUUGCCGGGGUAGAUGCCAAAGAAAAGACCAUUACUGACUCACAGACAGCGUACCAGGAUGCGUUUGACAUCAGCAAGACUGAGAUGGAUCCCACACAUCCCAUCCGCUUGGGCUUGGCGCUUAACUUCUCUGUCUUCUUCUAUGAGAUCCUUAACUCUCCAGAGAAAGCCUGUGAAUUGGCUAAAAAGGCAUUCGAUGAUGCCAUUGCAGAGCUCGACAAGCUAAAUGAGGAGUCCUACAAAGACAGCACUCUUAUCAUGCAGCUCCUCAGAGACAACCUGACAUUAUGGACAUCGGACAAUGCUACUGAGGAGGCCGAUGCUGGAGAAGGACGAGAGGGCUGCGACAAUGAGAACUAGAAACGGCAAGCCCUCGAUGUUGAGAUCAUCUCCAAAAAACACAAAAGGAAGAAAAAAAAAAAAAAACUUUUUACACAUCCUUCAUUCCUUUAUUGCUCCACUCAAACAUUCUACCAAUGAAACCCAUUGCUGAAAAGAGUCAUGUAAGGAAAUAAUAAUAAAUAAAUCAUUCUUUUCAAAAUGUAGAUUUGGACGACUGAUGUAAAGAGAAACCCUCCAUUCCUUUGGUUUGUGUUUGUCCUGGCCUUCCCAUUUGUGCAGUUUCAGCUGUAGAAAAGUGAUUAAUAGCUUGACAUGGUAUCAGACCCCCUAGCUCAAUUUAGAGGCAAGAAAACUUAAGUCCCAUCGUUAAACAACUGGAAGCUUAUUCAAAUCAAUUGAGACAGUUUGGAUUUAUUUCCUAAAUAAAUGUUUGAUUUAAAAACUAGUUUUCCCCCCAUACCUUUUUUAAGUGUGUCUGUCUCUACACAUUUACAUGGUACGGUUACAGCAGCUGAACUUCAAACGGAUGAAAUUUUCAUACUGCAGGGAAAGCUAGUGCACUUUACAUGCUGGCAACAAAUACUAUAAUACAGCCAAGUAGUGCCAAUUGGUUAAAUCCUCACUUUCUGCCCUGGUUAUGAUGCCACUCUUUCACUGAAGCAUGCCUGUUGUUUGGGGGGGGGGGGGGGGGGUGGGGCUUAUCUGAACAAAUGCAGGGACCUUUUUAAUGGGAAGAAGACAAUUCUGUCAUGCAUGUCUCUUGAGAUAUUACACUGGAAUGGGAACCAAUGCUGUAACACACAAGUCCAAGUGUCAAGUUCAGUAAUUUUCAAUGCAGGUUUGUACACAUCCUAAAAGUGGGUGAUUUGUUAGUCUGUCCAGUGAUUGUCAUUAGAGAUUUGGACCACUAUUGUUUUGCUAUUCAUUCAAUUGUAGUCCCCAAAAGCCUUGUGGAACUGUUUGAAUCCCUAUGUAUCAGCUAUGUUAACAUAAAUAAAACAUUUUAUAAACAAAG